AUGGGUACCGAGAUGUCUCAUCAGCAGAACGACGAUCAUACAUCCCAGUCGUCCCAGGAUGGCUCACAGAGUUGCGAGAUGUGGAUGUUCGAACACAUAGUUGAUGCCAUGACACAGUUAAGAUCGAUAUGGACUGAGAUCAACGCGCCUCCCCCGGCUACGAUCGAGCGAUACAUAGUGUUGUCCGCCUCCGAAACACUUCACGAUUCAGAAUGCCCUAUUUGCCAGGGGGACUAUGACGAGGAUCAGCAUGUGGCUAUCAAGCUUCUAGGCACACAUUGCAGUCACGUUUUCGGCCGAGACUGCUUACAAUUUUGGGUCAAUAGCGGUAUGCAAAAGGCCCAUUACUGUCCUAUUUGUCGGCAAUGCAUACGUGGCGCGCUUGGUGGACUACCCCCAUCGCAGCCAGGCGCCGAAGACGAAGAAGAACGUGUGUAUGAAGUCUUCUACGACGAAGAAGAAGAAGAACUUGAAGCAGAACUUGAAGCAAGACUUGAAGCAGCAUUUGGACAAGAACUCGAAGAAGAACAAGAAGAAGAACAAGAAGAAGAAAAUGAAGAAGAACAUGAAGAAGAAAAUGAAGAAGAAAAUGAAGAAGAACAUGAAGAUGAAGAAGAAAAUGAAGAUGAACAUGAAGAUGAACAAGAAAAAGAAGAGGAAGAAGAAGAAGAGGAAGAUGAAGAGGAAUGGGAAUGGGUAUGGGAAGAGGAAGAGGAAGAAGCUGAACAGGUCAUCAGUACGCAACAGCGUGAACAACGCGAUAGGCACUGGGCCAACUUAACCGAAGUCAGCAAUAUUUUGCAAAACAUCGAAACAAUUGUUAUUCCCCCGGUUGCGGCGGGGGGCCAGUUAAUCUUGGCUCUUCAAGUCGUACCGACUAUCCAGAACGAAGACCGCGCCCUCAGGGAAACACUGACUCGUCUCUGGAAUCAAAGCCGUUAUCUCAAUGAGCUUCUGUGUAUCAAUUUCGAACGCAAGCAGGAGGAGCAGCAAAGGGAAAUACUACGCGCUGAAAGGGAGAGGAACAUACUGCGCGCUGAGAUGAUGCAAUUUACCGCUAAUUUCCGGAGGAUGUAG